UUCUUUUUGUGCUAUAAGAUUGGGGUAAGAUCUCGGGAUUUGGUUAAACGCCCUUGACCAUCUUUGAGAAUGCUUACUAUUGGAGUUCUCUUGCUGUUCAGUCUGGCCCAAGCAGAUCCCGAGGCCAAGCCCGUAGUCAAAGAAGUCGGUCCGCUAGGGCAGGGCUUCAACUUACCAAAUCAAGACCUUCUUUCCAAACAGCUUGCUCCAAAUGGGGCGAAUAUCGCAAAUGCUUUCCCAGAUAAGUGUAUCAAGACGUGGUCAGGGAAGAGCCAAAGCACAAGAGACACGGUGCACUUCGAAGACACAAGACAGGUGUACAACUUUCUCAAUUCUGCCGUCAAGAUUGAUGCCGAGUUGGUGGGUUCAUUCACCUUUAAGACGUCCUUAGAUGCCGUCACGAAUAGUAUGACCGCUACCAAUGAGUCUGUGGAGGGAACAGUAUUACGCGUGAGUGACCACAGCAUGAGCCAAGCUUUGAGUAGGGAUUGCCUGAAUAAAGUCGACUUCAAGGACAAGUUCAUGAACGACUUCAAGAAACUUCCAAGUGAAAUCCGCAACCCUGAAGAUUCCUGGUCGUGGAAAGAUUACAGCCACUUUAUCAAGACCUACGGUAGUCACAUGGUGACAAGCGUCACGUAUGGAGCAAGUAUCUACAGCUACGCGUUCUCAAGAUCCGGCUCUCAUCGCACCGAAGACGAUUUCAGAAUCAAAGCCUGCCUGGCGUUUCAAGGCCCAACGGUUCUGAAGUAUAUGAAGGCUAACCUGAAUGCAAGUGCAUGCUCCGGGAUCACCAGCGAAGAUAUACAAAGGGUUUCAAGGUUACAUAUGAACGACAAGGUCGUUGUUCGCGGUGGGACGGCUGAAACGAGAGCAAAGCUCCUGCACAAACGAGACCCUGCCCUUGUUGAGCAGUUUCUGAAGGAAGGCAGACAGACGCCGACACCUGUACAGUACAGCUUCACUGGAAUCUGGGAAUUGUUGAGUGCAAGGUUCUACGGUACCGAUGAUCAAGCGAAGGUUCGAAACCUGGAACAGUUUUUCAAGGGUUUCCUGGCAUUCGGCUGUAAAAAAAAGACUGUUCAAGACACGACAACAACAAAGUUUAACCUAGCACCAUUUUCUUCCUCAAGUAAUCCAAUCUUCCAAUGUUUACUGCGUGACCCAGGAUGCAACAAUGACAAGGACUGCAAGUACCAUGCCUUCAAAGGAUGCAAGUGCGAUGGAAAAACGUGCGUGGACAACAAGUUGGUGGAUCGGGGAGAUGGUAGCCAAAAGAAGGUGGCGGUUAGCUAUGACGAGGGGGACACAAGCGAGGUUCCCGGAUGCGAGUACCAGUUUAGAUUCUUCAAAUGCAAGUGUACAACUAAACCUGGCUAUUCUGUUAUCUGGCAAAGCGAUGGCUUAAAAGACGAGCCCCAGAAUGAUGAAUCUAGUGGAUCGGGAGGAGACGAGGUGUGACAACAUAGAAAACUUACAGAUAACAAUCAUCGAAAAUUGAAAUGGAAACAAAAACUGAAUCCCUAAAAUAACACUGAACCCUUUAGUAUCCCCUAAACCCUUUAGUAUCUCCUAUAGCACUAUGACAAAUAAAUUAAUCGCCCCCCUUAUCGCAAAUUGACAGCUAUGUUAAAUGAAAUGAAUAUUGCAAUGUUGUAAACGAACAUUAAAAAGGAGUAAAAUCCGA